AUGGAUUUAGACGCAAGGAUAAAAGCAUACAGAUUUGUAGCUUAUUCUGCUGUCGCUUUUUCUGUUGUUGCCAUUGUUAGUGUUUGUAUUACACUUCCUAUGGUUAGUAAUUAUGUAAAUAAUGUAAAAAGAACAAUAAAUUCUGAAAUAGCAUUCUGUAAAACAACAGCUAAAGAUAUCUGGUCAGAAGUAAAUACUCUCAAGAAUUAUCAACCACAAAAUAGGACUGCACGUGCUGCAGGAUAUGGUGAAGGUGCACCAUCUGGAGGAGGAUAUACUCAAUCUGCUGCCGUUUCUUCAGAACCUCAAACAUCAUGCAAUUCUUGUUGUAAACCAGGACCACCAGGUGCAGGAGGAAAACCAGGAAAACCUGGUAAACCAGGUAAACCAGGUGCACCAGGAGCUCCAGGAACACCAGGUAAAGCUGCAGCAGCUCCAUGUGAACCAGCUACACCACCACCAUGUCAACCAUGUCCACCAGGACCACCAGGACCCCCAGGACCACCAGGACCAGGAGGAGAUGGAGGUGCACCAGGAGAACCAGGUAGCCCAGGUCCAGAUGGUCAACCAGGAACUGCAGGACCACCAGGACCUCCAGGACCACCAGGAAAUGAUGGACAACCAGGUGCUCCAGGACAACCUGGACCUGAUGGUGAAUCACAAUACUCUGAAGGAGGAGAAGCUGGACCACCAGGACCACCAGGUCCUCCAGGAGGUCCAGGAAGUCCAGGAAAACCAGGAAGUGAUGGUGCUCCAGGACCAGCUGGACCAAAAGGACCACCAGGACCACCAGGUUCACCAGGAUCAGACGGUAAUCCAGGAACUCCAGGACAACCAGGAGAACCAGGAAGUCCAGGUGAAAAAGGAAUUUGUCCAAAAUAUUGUGCUAUUGAUGGUGGAGUUUUCUUUGAAGAUGGAACUAGAAGACGUUAA